GUCCAGGUUCCUUCUGCUCCACUUAACAAUGUACACCAUCUAGCUAAGGUAAAUUAUUGUUUAAGCUUGCCAGCUAGCUACAGAAGAACUGCCAGUAUAUAAGGAUAGCUUAGGUAGCUUUACACUAUACGAGAAAUAAUCCUUAACCUUCUUGUGCAAUAUUGUUUUUUUUUGCAGCUUCAAUCAUUUUUUCUUUCCGCUGAAUUUUGUAUACCUUUCGUUGCAAGUGCGCUCUAAACACUGUCGCCGUUAUCACACCCCCGAUAUUGAUAUGGCUUGCGGUUCUAUUGGUCAAUUGUGAUACCGUUAAUAACGUCUGCCGUGUAGCGUAGCGGUAUAUCAUCGUAAGUCCGUGGACAUUAUUACGCGCCAUCAUCAUCAUCAUCCACCCGCUUCAACGGACUCCGUUAGUUGAAAGCGUGCUGCCAUUUGAUAACGAUUUCCCAUCCAGCCGCUCUGAUAACGACUGGCCCAUCCACUCCGCGGUAGCGUGUAUGGUACAGGGCACUCGUUUCCGUUGCGGCUAUUACUAACGAGACCUCCGGUAACCUGAGGCUCAGUUUCAAACUAUCCGUUUCGCGAACCGGGUUGCUGCUGUUGGGUCGAAACCCGUUUCAAGUGGGCAGUAACGGCCGGUGAAUCCGUUGGCGUUUGGUGUGUUUCGGUAGUUGUAGGUAGUUAGAAAAAACGGUCCAGCACUUAUACCGGACAGGUGAAGACGGUGCGACAUACAGUGAAAAGAUGGCAGAAGGGCAUUCGCACGAUCACGACCAUCCCUCGGUGUUGAAGCGGCUGCACGGUACGUUCAUGGUAAUUGCUUGGCUGUUCUUCAACUCACUCGGAAACACCGUUGCAAGAUACUUUAAAAAAACAUGGACCAAUAGACAGUACUUCGGCGUACCGGUGUGGAUUUUUUACCACCGAGUCUACAUGAUGGCCUGCUGGACAUUGACGUGCGCCGCCAUCAUCUGCAUUUUCAUCGAUCUGGAGGGAUUUGAGGCACACGCGCAUAGCAUUGUCGGAUUGGCGACGUUUGCCCUAGUGUUCGUGCAGCCCAUCCUGGGCCUAAUAAGACCACCCCAACAGCAGGCACAGUCCGCAAUUAGAAUCUUACACAGUCUGCUAGGGCAUGGCGCGUACAUUCUGGCAGUUACGAACAUGUUCCUGGGAGUUGGAUUGGAAUCGGCUCACAUAUCCUCCGUUAUGUAUGGUCUGGUCGGUGGAGCAUUAGGCGUUCAUGUGCUGGCACAUGCAGCUUUCAACGUUCUCGAAUAUCUUGCCAGACGGAAGGGGUCAGAACUGGACGUGAACAAGGAUGCAUCGUUUUCACGCUGGAGGAAAACUACCCUGAUGUUGCAAAUGAUUGCACUGUACGCGUUCGCCAUCGUAAAUGUGGUAUACGUGUGGCGCGUAUAACACAAUCACACUCGCCUUUCGAAGUUCCGGUAGCUCCUUUCUUUAAUUUACCCACCCCAAAAAAGAGGAAACAAGGUCACGCUACGCUAUACCCUCCUUAACUGUGAUGAACACAUUUGUCUACCUACAAAUAUACGCUUGCACAAAACGGA